AUGGCGUCUGCCUCCCGUGGCCAUCAUGUAUACUUAAACCUUCGGCUGAUGAUUCAAGGUAGAGAAGGCAGCGACCCACCAAUUGUUCAGAACAAUCGAUCUUUGCAUAUAAAGAAGAAACAAGGGAGGGGAUACUUUCUCUCUAUGCUCUACUUACUGAUCUCGUUCUACAUAAAACAGCUGCCGUCACGUCAUAACGAAUUACACCGAGGGAUUGUGGAAAUGUCUGACAAUGAGACCUACACCGCUACACAUUACCCGCCCCACGCAGAAGCUGCCCGAUACAUCACGUCCUGA